UCGCGAGCCCUCUCCUUGUUUCCGGCAGUUCAUUACGCGUUGUGAGAGAGCGAGCGAGCGAGCGAGAGAAAGGCAGGAAAGAAAGAGAGCGGCGGGGAGGCGCGUUCUUCUCUGGUCGCCCGUUCCUGGAGGCGGCAGCACUGACAGGAUAGCAGCAGAGCCUGAAGGGAUGUGGCGGCGCCGGCGCCGGUGGCUGCUGUUGUAACGCUGGUGGCUGUGGAGGAACCCGAGUGCGGUCUCCGCCGACAGUCCCCCGCUCCGCUCUGUCCGCCGCUAGCCCUGCAGCGUGGGGGACAGCAGCGCUCCCGGUUCCGGCGCCGCUUGGCCCGGCCCAGCCAGCCUCCACUGGUUCCGCCCCCUUCCAGUUCCCCUCAAGCCGGAGUUUGGGGUGACGGGCUCUGACCGUUAACGAGGCCUGCGCCCAUAGCAGCCCAGAAUGGCUUCGUCGUCCGGCAACGACGACGAUCUGACCAUCCCCCGGGCGGCGAUCAAUAAGAUGAUCAAGGAGACGCUGCCGAACGUGCGGGUGGCCAACGAUGCCCGAGAGCUGGUGGUGAACUGCUGCACCGAGUUCAUCCACCUCAUCUCCUCCGAGGCCAACGAGAUCUGCAACAAGUCCGAAAAGAAAACGAUCUCGCCGGAGCACGUCAUCCAAGCACUAGAAAGUUUAGGGUUCGGCUCCUAUAUCAGUGAGGUAAAAGAAGUCUUACAAGAAUGCAAAACAGUAGCACUAAAAAGAAGAAAGGCUAAUUCUCGUUUGGAAAAUCUUGGCAUUCCUGAAGAAGAGCUCCUAAGACAGCAGCAAGAGUUAUUUGCAAAAGCCAGGCAACAGCAAGCAGAGCUUGCCCAGCAGGAAUGGCUACAGAUGCAGCAAGCAGCCCAGCAGGCACAGCUUGCUGCCGCCUCAGCCAGUGCAUCCAACCAGGCAGGAUCUUCUCAAGAUGAAGAUGAUGAUGAUGACAUCUGAAAUCUCCCAGGCUGAGUUUUGAUACCUGCAAAGAAAUAGUUGUCCUGCACAACAAAACCAGUGAAAUGAAUGCUUGCCUGUAACUUUGUCUGCAUCUUGGACCGGCCAUUGGUAUUUUAGGGAUGUCUGCUGUUGUGUGCUGUACAUGUCAAAACUGUCUCUUUGAACUCUUGAAGACUUAAGGUUCAGUAUCAUAUCAACUUUGGAUUUUUAAUGGUGUUUAUGGAAAUUUUAGAUAGCCGUGUGUCACUUAUUUGAUCAACAGUGUUAAAAUAAAGUUUAUAAAAUAUAACAGAAUUUAUACAGAAGCUCUAAAUUCAUAUUUGCAUUUUUCUUCCCUUUUAACCAUAGAAUCUUAUGUACAAUCUUUUUAAUUUGUUUUUUGGAAGGAAGCAGACUUUCAGUCUGCUUUGGGUAGAAAAAGCAAAGGGUUCAGUGUGAUAUGGUCUGAAUUCUUUGUCUUUUUAAAAUGAGGAGGUAGAGAUAUGGCAAUGAAUACUAUGCUCAAAUACCACCUGAGAACUGAUACAUUUUUGCCAAACAAGGAAAAUGUAUGUUUAAUAGGAGAUGUACAGAUUGAUUUUUUUAUUUUAUUUUUUUGGGGUAUAAGGAGGAAAAAAACAAAAACCUGAGACUUUAUUAUGUUAUCAGUUCAGUGUCCUGACCAACAUGAAGCUUCAUUUCAAAUAUUGCCCACUUUGGAAAAUUAAAACUAUUCUUGUUUGAGAUCCAUUUCAUUUUAACUGUAGGCAGGAUUACACGCAUAAUAUACAUGUUCAUAGACAUAGGUGUUCAAAUGGGAAAGUGGAGUUUUGUGGACAGAGUUUUAACUCUGUUUUGAUUGGGAAUCCUUAAAAAAUCAGGCCUAUGAAAGCAAAUAUUGGAGCUAAUGAGCAUGCUCACAGUGAGAGGGUUUUUAUUUAACUCUGAUUAUUUGUUGUCAGCACAAUGUUAACAGUUUUCAAACUAGUGUACCAAUAGAUAAGCUUUAUCUUGUGAAACUGACUGCUUUUACAUUCAGGUAGGAUACUAGUUAUACAUGAUUCAGUUCCAAGUUUAGUUUGGUGACCUAAGCCCCUAGACUGACCAACAGGACCUGAAUUAGGAAAAAUUAUUUUGGGAUUGUGGUGGAAAUGGGGUUUUUUUUCCAUAGCAGUGCUUAGAUGACUAUUUGUGUUGAAAUAAAGAACAUUUUAGAAUUUGAAAAUAUACUUGAAGAUUUAUCAGCAUAUUUUUCUGGUACUUUUGCAGGGGAGAUAGAAUCCCAUAUCUUGCAUAUGAAUGCAUAAAGCAGCAUUAUCAGACUGCAGAAAUAUUAAACUUUAUAGCAUUGCCUUGAUGGCUAUUGAAGAUUGUGUAAGAACUGAGAUUAAAUGGUUGGAAGUCUUGUUGGUGAGCAGAGAAUCAAACUGAGAGUCAAAUUAAGAUCUUGAAUUGCAGUUUAAGUUAAGGGGGGGGGUUCAUCUGUAAUAAUUUGCACCUGUAUUUAUACCCUGGUGUUGGAGAGAUACAUUAGUCUGAAUGUUAAGCUGAAACACAUUUGUGAGUUCAGCUGGAAAAGUAUUGGGACAAGAUCUGAUUAAAGAUCUAGUCUUCAUGAUGGUUGAAGUACCAAAGGUAGAAACACUAGACUAGUGAAACCAUGUUAAUGUGCAGUGUUGGCUUUUCUAAUUUGUACUGUAACACCCUUACCCUUCCUGUUUUAAAUGAGUUUUUUUCUUUUUAAGCAAGGAAGAAAGAUAAACUUUCACACUUUUUUUCUGAUGCAGAGUUCAGGUUAAUAUUUUACUGCAUCUCGUAUGUAUCAUAAUAUGUUUGAAUUCCUGUGACCUUUGGACAUACUUGUGCUUUUUCAUAUGCUGUAUUCCUCAAGCAAUAAAAUUCAAAUGUGUUUUUAUAUUUAA